AUGUUAUUAGCAAUACAGUGGGUACUAGUUGCCGACGUCAUUGGAGUAAGUCCCGAGAAUCAACAUCUUUACACACCGAUAGUAGAAGAGGGAGAGGGAGGGGACGAGGCUGGAGGUAAAUAUUGGUAUUGUUUAAAUGAUACAUCUAUAAAACUACAGUUUCAUCAAAUCAAUGAUGACAUAUGUGACUGUCCGGAUGGAUCCGACGAACCGGGGACAAAUGCUUGUCCCAGCACACCUUUCAAAUUUUACUGUAAGAAUGAAGGUCAUUUUCCCGGUUACAUAGACCAGUUUAAAUUGAACGAUGGUGUUUGUGAUUAUGAUAUUUGCUGUGACGGAUCCGAUGAAUACAAAAUUGGUAAUUGCGAAAAUAAGUGCAAGGAAAUCCAUCAGCAAUUCGAGGAAUAUAGACUGAAAAAGCUAGAAACUAUUUCGAGAGCAUUGGAGAAGAAAAAAUCAAUACUAAUGCUUGCUCAAACUAAGCGAAAAGAAUUAAUCAAAAGCUUACAGGACUUGGAAAGAGCAUUACCUGAAACAAAAUUGAACUUGAACAAGUUGAAAGUUGAAUUGGAAUAUGCAGAGCAAAAAGAAGAAAAAAGCGAAUCUGUUUACGACCACCUUGACAAUGAGUUUGAUGGGUUACAAAGGAAAAUAGAUAAACAUAUAAAGGAAAUGUCGAGGCAAGAAAACAAAAUUCAAACAUUGGAAAAGAUUUUGGAAUGGUUGUCCAAAAACUAUAACCCCAACUUUAAUGAUCUUGCAGUAAAGGAUUCGAUUCAUAAAUUUCAAGAGUACAUCUCGAACAAAGAGGAAGAUGAUGUCAAAGACGAUAUCCAUGAAACAAAUAAGCUAAUUAAAGAGAUUAUCAACAAAGCAAAAUCAAUGUCCCACAGUGGUGUCUCUGAAGAAAUUGCACACUUUGUGCCUUCCUUGGGAAACAUGUUGCAUCACGUUUUUCGGUUAUUCAGUGAAAAGUUUCUAACUAAGCGCUCAGAGGAAUAUGUUUCGCCUUUAUCAAGUAAUCAAUUAACGCCCGAGAUUGAAAAGUUGGAGGAAAAAGUUAAAACAAUAGAGCAAAAGAUAUUUUUGAUCAAAGAUGAUUUGAACAAAGAUUAUGGUCCAGAUGAUGUGUUACGUGCUUUUGCACAAGUAACAAUAACAAAAAAUCUAGGAGGAUAUCAAUAUAAGGUCAAUUUACUCAACUCAAUAUACCAAAAUGACGUAUUGAUUGGCAAGUUCAAAGAAUACAAAGAUGGUAAGAUACAUUUCAAUAAUGGCGCUCGAUGCUGGAAUGGACCACAAAGAUCUGCAGUAGUUGAGUUGAUCUGCGGAGAAGGUCUUGAUGUAGUAUCCGUUAGUGAACCUGAGAAAUGCCAUUACUCAUUUAUAGUUCAAGGCGAAACUUGGUGCCAACCAAUCACUGACAAUGACCUACAAAAAUCAUUUGAAAUUAAUUACGAACUACUUUAA